AUGGUUCGAGGAGCGUGUCUGGGGUUUUUUGAUAUAACCCUGGUCUUCGUCCUGCUGUGCUCCGUCACAGGCUUGUUGCUGAUGGACCACCGCAGAGACGCAGAGGAUGACCACGAGCUCAACAAAGCUAUUCUGGAAAUGAUACAUAUCAAUAAAGUGUCAGCAAGCCAUCAGGCCAAACCACAUCCCUACAUGAGGAGGGUCUAUCAGCGGCUGGACUCACUGGAGGCUCAAGACUUUGGCAGAUCAGACGGAACGCUGGUGCAGAGUUUUCGGAGUGUUGUCGGCCCAGAUGAUGCCCCUCCAGGCUGGAUCUGGUUCAACGUCAGCAGUUUGAAUCCCUCCAUGUUGGGCGCGGAGCUGGUUCUGUUCAGAAAAACCCUCCACCCCCGUCCCCUCAGUGUGACCGUCACCCUGCAUAGUGUCACUGCUUCACAGGGAGCUCUGCAGGAGAGUCCAGCUCUGGAGGAGAGAUUGCUGACCCUGGACCAGCGACCCUCGUCUGGAUACGAUGUGUUUGAUGUGUCAGCUGUUCUGGCUGUGAAGCCUGUGGAAGUUGUGGGCUUUCAGCUGCGUUACACAGACGAGAGUGGGAGUCUGGUCCUUCAUGAAGCCCUAACCCAGAGUCUGUACUGUCUGAACAGAGGCUCUCUGAGUGAACCCUUACUGGUGCUUUACCAAGCACACCCUGUCCACAUCUAA